AAAGCGAGGAGGACAUGGCCACCAAGGAGAAGCUGCAGUGUCUGAAAGACUUUCACAAAGACAUCCUGAAGCCUUCCCCGGGGAAGAGCCCAGGCACGCGGCCAGAAGAUGAGGCUGAGGGGAAGCCGCCUCAGAGGGAGAAGUGGUCCAGCAAGAUCGACUUUGUGCUCUCCGUGGCUGGCGGCUUCGUCGGCUUGGGCAACGUCUGGCGUUUCCCGUACCUCUGCUACAAAAAUGGUGGAGGUGCAUUUCUUAUACCAUAUUUUAUUUUCCUGUUUGGCGGCGGCUUGCCUGUGUUUUUCCUAGAGGUAAUCAUAGGCCAGUACACCUCUGAAGGCGGCAUCACCUGCUGGGAAAAGAUCUGCCCCUUGUUCUCUGGCAUCGGCUAUGCCUCCAUUGUGAUCGUGUCCCUCCUGAACAUCUACUAUGUCAUCAUCCUGGCCUGGGCCACUUACUACUUGUUCCAGUCCUUCCAGUCGGAGCUGCCCUGGGCACACUGCAACCACAGCUGGAACACACCCCAGUGUAUGGAAGACACUAUGCGCAAGAACAAGAGCCUGUGGGUCACGCUGAGCGCCAGCAACUUCACCUCGCCUGUCACCGAGUUCUGGGAGCGCAACGUGCUGAGCUUGUCUUCUGGAAUCGACGACCCUGGCUCCUUAAAGUGGGACCUUGCUCUCUGCCUCCUCCUGGUCUGGCUGGUCUGCUUCUUCUGCAUCUGGAAGGGCGUCAAGUCCACAGGGAAAGUUGUCUACUUCACAGCCACUUUCCCGUUCGCUAUGCUCCUGGUGCUGCUGGUCCGUGGACUGACGCUGCCUGGUGCAGGCGCAGGCAUCAAGUUCUAUCUGUACCCUGACAUCAGCCGUCUCGAGGACCCGCAGGUAUGGAUUGAUGCUGGGACCCAAAUAUUCUUCUCCUAUGCCAUCUGCCUGGGGGCCAUGACCUCUCUGGGGAGCUACAACAAGUACAAGUACAACUCGUACAGGGACUGUAUGCUGCUGGGAUGCCUGAACAGUGGUACCAGUUUUGUGUCUGGCUUCGCAAUUUUUUCCAUCCUGGGCUUCAUGGCACAAGAGCAAGGGGUGGACAUUGCUGAUGUGGCUGAGUCAGGUCCUGGCCUGGCCUUCAUUGCAUACCCCAAAGCUGUGACCAUGAUGCCGCUGCCCACGUUUUGGUCCAUUCUCUUUUUUAUUAUGCUUCUCUUGCUUGGACUGGAUAGCCAGUUUGUUGAAGUCGAAGGACAGGUCACGUCCUUGGUCGAUCUUUACCCAUCCUUCCUAAGGAAGGGUUUCCGUCGGGAAAUCUUCAUCGCCUUCGUGUGCAGCAUCAGCUACUUGCUGGGGCUGGCGAUGGUGACGGAGGGUGGCAUGUAUGUGUUUCAACUCUUUGACUACUAUGCAGCUAGCGGUGUAUGCCUUCUGUGGGUUGCAUUCUUUGAAUGUUUUGUUAUUGCCUGGAUAUAUGGCAGCGAUAACCUUUAUGACGGUAUUGAGGAUAUGAUUGGCUAUCGGCCUGGUCCCUGGAUGAAGUACAGCUGGGCCGUGGUCACUCCAGUUCUCUGUGUUGGAUGUUUCAUCUUCUCCCUCGUCAAGUACAUCCCCCUGACCUACAACAAAGUCUAUGUGUACCCAACCUGGGCCAUCGGGCUAGGCUGGAGUCUGGCUCUGUCCUCCAUGAUGUGUGUCCCCUUGGUCAUGGUCAUCCGCCUCUGCCAGACGGAAGGGCCAUUUCUUGUGAGACUCAAGUACCUGCUGACCCCAAGGGAACCCAACCGCUGGGCCGUGGAGCGCGAGGGGGCUACGCCCUACAGCUCCCGCCUGGCCGUGAAUGGCGCUCUCAUGAAGCCCACCCACAUCAUAGUAGAGACCAUGAUGUGAGCUAUUGGGCGGCCGGGCUGCUUCCCUGCUGUUUACUAACAUUAGAUUCUCAUAGGACCAGGUUUACAGAGCUUUCUAUUUGCACUAGGAUUGUUUUUUUUAAUUGUCACAGAAAAUGUUACUCUGUGUGUGUGUAUGUGUGCGCGCGCGUGUGUGCAUAUGGGUGUGGGUGUGGGUGUGGUAUUGUGCGUGUGCGUAUUUUUGUUUUGAUUUGGAGAUAUUUUGUACAAAAAGAAAACCCACCGGCAGAUGUCCGGGGCGAGGCAGAGCUUUCAUACUGAAUUAGAUGUAUUUUAUGGGAACUUGGUAAAUUUUUCUUUGUAUUUUUUUUUAACAUAUAAUUAUAUAUACAUUUAGAGAUUGUCACACUCUUUUACCACUUGAAUUGAUCUUCUUGCCAGCAAUAGAUCUCGUUUUCAAAAGCAAUUCUUCGGUGCUUGCGUAGCUGGCAGAAAGUUCUGCCCCCAGAAACACAGGGUGGAAUUUUCCUGGACAGUAGCCCCAUUUUUAAAGGUGUAGUACCUUCCCGACCUGGUUCAAAUAGAAGCAUACAGCUGGGGAGGGGGAGGCCCCUUGAGCUGGCCAGACCCAGAGGGGCUAGAGGAAGAAGGGCCACAAGAAGAUGCUUCAUUACGUUUGUCUUAGCGAAGAAGAGAGAUGCUAAAAUAAUGAAUCAACCCCUCAGAUGAAGGGACUGACUUAAAGCAGACAGAUGGGGCCAUACAGAGAGUCAGAUUCUCUAGAAACCGCUGCACCAGAAGCAAAAUCCCACCUAAUACGUUGAGAUCGAGAGUGGAUACUCAGAAGGACUGUCAGAGGGAGUGUCAGGACCAUUUGUCCAAUGGGGAGCGGCCAGAGCCCCCAAGAGGGCUGGUGAGGCUGACACCCGGACAUUCAGGAGCCUUCAGGAGGCUGACCGCUCGGCUACUGCCCAGAGCAUCCUGGUAGAGGUCUAAGACCAGCCCAGCGGGAGCCAGCGGUCUCGGGGCUCCAGACCUCACACUGAUGGGUCUGUUGCAUUUUAAUGGGGUUCUUUCAGGUUCUGGCCGUUCCCCAGCUGACACCUUUCGCAGCUGCGUGUAGGAGAGAAGCAUGAUAUAUUCGGUGAGGGACGAGGGGUGAGCCAGUGGACCAAAGGGUGUGGACCCAGGCAUUCAGAGAGGCCUGGUGUCAGGGAGGGCUGCUUUUCUUUCCUCAUCUCUCCCCCCUCAGCUCUGUCCUCAUCUCCCAGAGGCUGGGAGACUCCUGACAAGCAGCCCUGGUGCCCCAUCUCCUAGCUGGGAGUGCCAAGAGUGCUUUUGGAGACUCCCUGAAUCUUGGAUCCGGGCAAAGUGCUCCCAAACCCUCCUCAGGCACAAGAGCGGCCCUUGGUGUUGACUUGGGAGAUGGCACAGCUCUUCACAUCAUGACUCCUGCAGUAGCCAGUGUUAGAAGCGCACUCUGGAGGGAGCGAGGAGAGGAGGUGAGGGAGCAUUUUCUAGAAAGACGGGAUUGUUCGGGGGGCCGGCACCCCAGAUCUGGUUUGACCAAGAGCCCUAUUGAGAGUGGCAUCCCUCUCUGAACCAGGAGAGGAGGUACUGCACCUUUAAAAUGCUGAGACGGACACGUCUCCCCUGAAGCCCCCAUUUGGACCUAAACUGUGCCAUUUGAACUGUCACUUUCAAGUUCAGAGUCUAAACUUAAACCGAAACAUUGUCACGCACAAACGACGGUGACUGCCUCAUGGAGUAUGGGGAGUGAAGUCCAGCUCGGGUUUGGGUUCUCUGAGUCCCGGAACCCUCUCCCCAGAUUCGGGAGGGGAGGAGCCUCCAGUGUCCCCCGUCCCAAGGGGCAGAGGCAGUCCUGAACCUUUUCUCUUUGGCAAGCAUUCACAUUUCACUGUUUCCAAAGCAUAUACUCUGCCAAACAACACCCAGUUCUAUUCCAAACUGUUAACAAUUCUGUGUUCCUGUUUUUCUAUGUAUUUAUGGUUGCCGCUGUGUCUGAUUUGAUUUUUGUUGUUGUUUCCUAAUUUUACUGAGUAGCAAUGUGACCUGUUUCCCUUUGUCUCAUGGAACUUAGUAAACUAACCACUGUCGACGACUGGGGACAGGUGAUGUGUGGGGAUCUGGGGGGCUUGGCAAGCUCUGGCUGCCCAGGCAUUUGUGGUCAUUUCAGGCUACAACAUCUCCCCUCCGGUGAAAAGCUCCAGUAUUUUGGGUUGGUAGGCAAAUUGCAACAUUCUGGAAAUGGCCUGAGAAAGGCCUCUUCCAAGAUUCGAAGACCAAAUUCUAGACCAAAGAUACAUGCAGACCAAGUCCCCAGGCCCCGCCUGGAAGGAAGGUCAGCCACUUUCCCCGAGCCCGUUCCUUGACAAUCUCCCAGUGCACCUGUCUCCAAUCGGCCCCUCUUGUCUACUCCCCUAGCCCUUGUGUAUCUGCAGAACUUGGCUCUGUGAGUACAAGGUGUAAUGAUGCGUGACUUUUAUAUGUCUCCACAUAAAGGAAACUUGUCAUUGGAGCUCAUGACUCUGGUCCUCCUGUCUCUGGAGAACAGGUGUUCCGCCCACUCUCUGCCUUGGGAUGGGUCAGAAAUUCCGGUGCCCCCACGUAGCGCAAUCUUGGCCUGCUCUGAGAAGGCGAUGCAAGGGAGAUGGUUAAAGGACUUUUUGAGGAUGCAGGAAUGGGGAAGGGGCUCUGGAUAAAUCUCACCCAGGGAGAUGGUUCAUUGAGCCUGGCAGGGGCCGUGUCGGUCCCUCCAGUGGACCGCCCUGCGGGAGCAGUGUCACCCCAGUUGGCACCCUUGUAAAAUGGGGGAAAUGAGGCCCAGAGUGAGCAAGAGACAAGGCACAGCGAGUAGGGACUGGAACCAGACUGUCUCCAGUCAGUUCCAGUGGCAGGUUCUCCAAGGAGGGGGAGGUGUGGCGAGUGGUGAGUGCAGCUCCCCAGUGUUCUCCCUGAAGACCAAAGACGAGCCUUUAUGAAAAAGGAAAGCGCUCCGUCCCCCAGCAUUCAGGGGCGAGGAGAGCAGCGCCCCCCACCCUCUCACCAUCCUCGGGCCACCCAGACCUCCCACUGUGGCUCUGUGGGAGAGGUGGCCGCCCACCAUCCAGCAGGAGAGGCAGCACCCUUUCACCCUGGCUCUGCACCCAACAGCCCUUGAAGCUAGGAAUUGAGAUCCCGAUUGCAUGUGAGGAAACUGAGACCCAGUGAAGCCACCCAGUGGGUGUACAGGAGGCAGAAUCCCUUAGGCAAGAUUGAGCCUGAGGCCAUGCAUGACAUUCCCAGGCAGCAAGAAGUGGUCCUGGAGGAUUUCUGGGCGAUACACAGUCCCCUCUGGACCACUGUGCCCUCAUUCUCACUCCAGAUGCCCAGUGUACCCCCCUCAGAGAAGGUGCUGAAGCACGAGGGGAGUUAGCCAACCUCAGCCUAGCACGGGGUGAUCUGUGUUUCCCAGCUGCCACCACACAGAGGUCCAGAGCCCAACCAGCAUCUCCCCAACACUGCUCUUCUGAAUGGGGCAAUGCUCUGGGCAGCCAGUGCUUAAGGCAGAGGUGCCUCCCUUCCCCCAAGCCUCAGACACAGGCCAGGAAGGAUCCGAGAGAACCACCGAGGUCCCAUGAGGUCGCAUCUGCCCCUGAGACCCAGUGUCAGGCAGCCCCAGGCUGGGCUGUCCAUGUGGAUCCUGUAAAUAGCACUGUGCACAAAUUCAACAAGCAUGAACCAAACCACAUCCCAAAUACCAAACUCAGAGAGGGGCGGGAACACCCUGGAAGCCAGAGAACCACAUUUCCCUCACCCCCAGUACCCUGUUAAUGCCUGGCCCUCAGAAUGCUUUUGUUUUAAUAGGAAGCUGUGCUUCAUUGUUCUUCUGUGGGUGUCACUACAGACAUGUUCUGACAGUUCCCCGAGGGAUGGAGCAUCUUAUUAUAUACCCGGCUUCAAACUGAGAUGUUGGCUCCAUUUCUUUCUUUCUCCUCCUCCCCACCCCCAAUUAAUUUUCGAAUCCCUAGCAACUGUGACUCUGUAUUUAGCACAAGAGAAAGCUGAGAACGUGGGUCUUGCCUCCUUCCAGAAAUACGUCUGGCUCAUCAGGACUUUUUUUUAAAACUUCAAAAUAUUUUUAAGAUAUUUUAAACUUUUGUAAAAAAAAAUAAAAAAAAAACAACCAACGAGACUCUUCUGAGGAGGAACAUUUGUAUCCGAAUAAGAUCCUUGAUGUGUAAUUCAGUCUUGCAGUAUACAAGCUUUUGUGUAUAAAUGUUUUAUGAUAUGAAUCCCUGUAUUUUGCAGGGCUUUCCUUUUUCCUCUUUUGCUUUUUAGAUAAAUAUGUAUAUCGAUAUUUUAAAUUCAUCUUUGCUUUUUUUUAGAGGAGUUUGUAAUCACCUUAUAACAUGAAAAUAAACAUUUCCUUUUUAAAAUCCAA